GAUAAAUAUCGAACAUCUAGUACAGAUCACACACAACAUAAUUUUAGUAAAACUAUAUCCACGGCAUUUGAGCCUUAUCUAGGGCUUUAUAUUGAAGCGGAGGAUAGGGAAGAACGCCGAGCAAUUACUCGUGAUGAACUAAAAUUGAUAUGUUUUAUAAUUAAUACAGCAGAUUAUUGUUAUGUUACAACUUCACAGCUUGAAGAUAAAUUAAAAGAUACGAUAGACGAAGAAUAUAAAGAAAAAAUAAAUUUUGAUGAAGAACGUAAUCAUUUCCUAAACGUGGUAACUACAUCUGUUAGAGCAUUGAUCCGCGGGAUAGAGUCGUCCUAUGAUCCUGCACUUGUAGCUAUGACCAAAUUACCGUGGAGUAAUCUAGAAUCGGUUGGGGAUCAAUCAGAAUAUGUCACUCUAUUCAAUAGAACAAUGUUAAGCUGUGUUGUCGGUGUUCAUAAAGAUAUCACCAAUAACCGGUACUUUAGAACAUUCUGUGACAAAUUUGUAGAAUCGUUUGUCAUUAAAUUUACAAAUCAUUUAAUAAAAUGCAAGCCAAUAUCUGAAGUAGGAGCAGAACAGAUGCUACUCGACGUUCAUGCGUUGAAAACAUUAUUAUUAGAAAUGCCAACGAUGGGUAUGGAAAAUCCAGCACCACCACCACCAAC